AUGGUCUGCAACAGGUUCCCCACCGACUGGAGCUCCAACAUGGACGCCGGCGGCACGGGGGGCACCAAGCGCCCCGCCGAUGGCACAGAGGCCGCCAGCUGCGACGCGGCGAUGGAGGACGCCACCCCAGCGCUGGAGGUCAAGGAGCUGAGCUUUUGCUACGGCGGCGGCGCCACCUUCCACGACCGCGCCCUGAGCGAGCCGAAGCUGGUCGACGUCAGCUGCGUCUUCGGCCAGGGCAACCGGGUGCUGGUCAGCGGCGCGAACGGCGCCGGCAAGUCCACGCUGCUCUCCAUCAUGGGCGGCAAGAUGUUGCCGCGCGGCAAGUGCCUCCUCCUGGGCAAGGAUCGAGGCGUUCCACGACACCUCCCUCAACCGGGAGCGGAUGUACUGCGGGGACUGGUGGCGCACCAAUUUCUUCUUCAAUAUCACCGUGGCGGAGCUGAUAGGACGAGGGCCGCCUGCAGUCGCCGCGCGUCCAGGAGCUCAUCGACAUCCCCGAUCAACCUCUCGUGGCGCAUCAACGCCAUCUCCGACGGGCAGCGCAGGCGCUGCCAGCUGCUGGAGUGCCUGGCCGAGGAGAAGAAGGUCUACGUGCUCGACGAGAUCACCACGGACCUGGACCUCUACGCCCGGGAGGGGCUGCUCGAUUUCUUGAAUGCCCAGGAGACGGAGACCAAGGGCGCGACCGUCUUCUAUGCCACACACAUCUUCGAUCCGUUUGUGGAUUCGUUGUCGUCUUGGGCCACGCAUUGCUUGCACUUCACGAAGGGCAGGCGACCGAGUUUGCUUUUCUCUGCUGUCUUCUCUCAGCAUUACCCCAGUUCCCCACAGCGACCCUAA